CCACACGCGAGCAGCAAAAACAGCCAGCCAGCCAGCCACCCCCGCCCGCCUCCCUUUCCGUCCGUCCCCAACCGUCCCCCUCUCUCGCUCGCAUCACAACAAACGCGCUCUCUCCUCGCCCAGCUUCCGGAACUCGCGCCCCCCGUCCCCGUCGCCACCGGCAUGGCCUCCGCCGUCUCCCUCGCCGCCUCCUCCUCGCCCCUCGCCGCCACCUCGCCCUCGCGCGCGCCGCGCCCCCACCAGGCGCUCCCGCCCGCCCGUGGCCCGCGGUCCCAGGCCCAGGCCCUCCGCGCGGUCUCCGGCCCCGCCGGGAGCCGCCGGUGGGGCGUCGGCCGCGGCGCGACGGUCGUCUGCGCCGUCCAGGGCCAGGACACCACCAUCCAAGUUCCCGAUGUCACGAAGACAACAUGGCAAUCACUUGUUAUAGAGAGCGAGGUUCCUGUUCUUGUUGAAUUCUGGGCUUCAUGGUGUGGACCUUGCAAAAUGAUUGAUCCAGUUAUUGGUAAGCUGUCAAAGGAGUAUGAAGGGAAGCUGAAAUGCUACAAGCUCAACACCGAUGAGAAUCCAGACAUAGCAAGCCAGUAUGGCGUCCGGAGCAUCCCAACCAUGAUGAUCUUCAAGAACGGCGAGAAAAAAGACGCGGUGAUAGGAGCAGUGCCUGAAAGCACGCUGAUCACAUGCAUCGAGAAGUUUACCGAGAGGUAAAAUGCUGAACGGGCCUCCUCGACGGUUACUCGGCAUUCCACAUCCAUUGUUCAGUCAGAUCAUCGAAAACUCGACGUCAUCUGUGCAAUCUUUCUAUACGUGCGUUCAGUUGUGUAGAUAGUAUUGGAAACUUGCUCUCUGUACCAUCAAUAAAUAGAAUCACAGAAGUGUUAAUGAUAAAAAUCCCAAGGAAGCCUGGUUUCAUUUUGCCAUUCUUUUGGGCUGUAGAUAUGUAUGACGGGACUGUUAAGAGUCAUAUUCUGUAUUAUCAUAUCACAUAUUCCGUCAGUUGAUGUGAUCGUUUCCCUUAUAAACUGAUGAAUCUGUAUCUGUGAUACUGUUUCUA